CUCUCCCCCUUGCUCAGUGACUUCAUUUCCCAGCAUGCCCCGCGCGUUUUCUUCCCUCCCUCCUUCCUUCCUUCCUUCCUUCCUGCAGCCUCGGCCCUUCUGCCCUGAAAAAGGAAGAUGAGCAGCGGCGGGAGUCGAGCCUGAACCCAUCUGACUUCCAGCGGAAUGGCGGCGCGGCGGCUGCUGACGGACCGGAGCCCGAGCUCAGCUGCUGUUCCUCGGCCUUGAACCCCGUCGCGACCCCGCCGCCGGAGCCCGCUGGAGUCCCGCAGCCGCGGAGCCUGGAGGAGCGGCGGGAGGAGCUGCUGCAGCCUUCCGGGCCGGGCCGGGCAGAGCCGGGCCGAGCCGAGCCGCGCCAAGGCGAGCCGAGCCGAGCCGUCGUUUCCCGCCCAGCUGACGAUGCUCAGAUAGCCGAGGGAGUGAAGUCUCGACAGCACCGCACCCUGAAACCAGACCCUGUCCCCCUUCAGGCUGCAGCAUGGAGCGCUCCGGCAGCAUCCAGCUGGACAUCCCGGACUUCAGCAACUCCGUCCUGUCCCACCUGAACCAGCUGCGCGUUCAGGGCCGUCUGUGCGACAUCGUGGUCAACGUGCAGGGUCAGAGCUUCCGGGCGCACAAGGUCGUCCUCGCCGCCAGCUCGCCGUACUUCCGGGACCACAUGUCCCUGGGCCAGAUGAGCACCGUGUCGCUGACGGUGAUCCGCAACCCGUCGGUGUUCGAGCAGCUGCUGUCCUUCUGCUACACGGGACGCCUCUGCCUGCAGCUCGCCGACAUCAUCAGCUACCUGACGGCCGCCAGCUUCCUGCAGAUGCAGCACAUCAUCGACCGCUGCACUCAGAUCCUGGAGGGCAUCCACCUGAAGAUCAACCUGGCCGACCUGGACGAGGACCCCCGGGAGGAGGAAGGGACGCCGGCGGCGGCGGUGGCGGCGGCGGCGACGACGACUCGGGGCUCCAGGAACUGCAGGGCCCUGGAGCCCGUGGCGCGGGCAGGCAACCAUCACGCCGGCCUGCGGCUGCUCGCGGCGAGGGUCGGGGGAGCCGAGGCGCGCGAGGCCGUCAGCCCCGCCGAGGAGCCCCUCAGCCCGCCGCCGACCGUGGAGCACAGCGGGCUGGAGGGCCCCAGCGCCCCCGGCAGAGGGGGCAAGGAACCGAUCCUUCGCAUCAACCGGGCGGGUCAGUGGUACGUGGAGACCAACAGCGAGCCGGAGCGGUCCGGCAGCGCAGAGGAGGGCAGCGGCGGCGGCAUGGACCGCGUGAGGAUCAAAACGGAGAGGAUGGACGACUGGAUCGGAGCAGGGGAGCACCAGGAGGAGGGGGGGGCGAUGGACGAGGGGACCACCGUGAUGAUCGACACGUCGGGACGCAGCACGCUGGUGGCGGCGCCGGCGGGUCCGCGGGGGAACCGCAGCGCCCAACCGUCCUCCAGCUUCAGUGAGACGGACAGGUUCAGUCCCACUGGCAGCGUGGUCGUCCUGGCGGAGCGUCAAAGAGCAAAGAGCGAGUCGCCGGGCAGAGCAGACGAGCUGCGACAGCCAAGCUCCCAGGGGGAGGAGCACGCAUCCUUCGACAUGGGCGGCUACGAGGACUACCUGAGGGAGCAGGUGGGGGACCGCUGGUACCGCUACAACCCCCGGCUCACCUGCAUCUACUGCUGCAAGUCCUUCAACCAGAAAGGCAGCCUGGACCGCCACAUGCGGCUGCACAUGGGCAUCACGCCGUUCGUCUGCCGCAUCUGCGGCAAGAAGUACACGCGGAAGGACCAGCUGGAGUACCACAUCCGCAAGCACACCGGCAACAAGCCCUUCCACUGCCACGUGUGUGGCAAGAGCUUCCCCUUCCAGGCCAUCCUCAACCAGCACUUCCGCAAGAACCACCCGGGCUGCGCUCCACAGGAGGCCCACAGCGCCUCCCCCGAGACCACCACCGCCUCCGUCACGUCCAGGGGCGGGGCGCCGAGCGACGAGGCCUCCCCCAGCCAGGAGGAGCCCGAGGGCGGCGGGGGCCAGUACGGCGAGGGACCCCAGGCUUCGGUGUCCACCACGGGGCCCGAUUGAACCCCCCCCACCCUUCCUCCGAGGGUGGGAAAGGGGGAGGGUCUGAUCCCGUUGCACCUGAACCCGCCCGAAGUGGACCACAGAGAAGGACCGGAGAGUCCGCACUGAGAGGAUUUAAACCACAUCUACCUUCACUAACCAAACCGAACCGGUUCAAGCUACGACGAAGAAACGCCACACACCCCCCAACGACCUCACCGGCCGCGCCACCCUCGUCUUUACGUUACAGAUUUCUACUUUUAUAUUAUGUCACAGGUUCUGCUGGGAACUUUGCCAAACUACUCAGUGCCAGUCCAACAGUUUUAAAUCCUCAUGUUUGCCUUGAGACAAUCUGGAGCGGCAAGGUUCAUAAUAAUAAUAAUAAUAAUAAUGAUUAUCCCGCGCGCUCUUUUUAAUACAUCAGACUAGUAAAUAUUAUUCAGUGAUUUAAAAAAAACAAGAAGUGUUGUCAGAGCUUCUUUCCAAUCUAAAUCUCUUAUGACGCUCCGUGGAAGUAAAGUGCUGCCAGGUGUGUGUGUCUGGUACUAUAGAUUAGCUCACUUAUUGAUUCAUCUGCCGGUUAGUUUAUUGAUCAGUACAUCAAUCAUUUGGUCCGUAUGAUCUUCAGUUCGUUGUCUCAGCUCGUCUUCAGAAUUACCUUCUGUUUUUUAGCUGUGAUCAAACAAAUUUAUUACGUCAUCUUAUUGGACAUUUAAUCACUUUUGUUGUGAUUAUUAUUAUUAUUUUUUAUCAUUCACACGUUCCUUAAUCUAAAUACGUUAUAAAACAUAUUGCGACUUUAAAGUAGAGCUGCUGCUAAAUCACUAAAACUGAAGACUCUACAUAGAAUAGCGUCAAUAUCAAAGUUAAAAGCUGGAAAUGAAGUUGAGUGAAAGUCGUUUAAUCUAAAAAUGGACCACAUAUUUCGUCCUCUCGGCUCCUACCAGAGCUUUCGGCUGUCGCCUGUGGCCUCCUCCAGCCAAUCAGAGGUGCCCAGGUGUCACCUGAGCGCGUUAUCUCAGCACCUGUCCAACUAACCGGAGGACGGUCAUUGGUACCCAGCAGGAAGCUCCAGCGACGGAUCCGGAUGGAAGUGGAGAGCUCCGAUCACACCGAUCAAUUCAAAUGUUUCAGACUAUAAGUGUUGUUCUAGUUGACGGAACGGACUCACGGCAGGAAGCCUCAGAUAAGCUACACAGUUACCUCUCACCGCUACGCAAUACAGCUGCACCUCCGCCCGGGGGGGGCUCUGAUCCACACGGACCUCCGCCAGUCUUCUCAGAUAGUUUUAUAAACAAUUAUGUGUUUUGUUGUUUUUAUGAGUUUCUUGGACACUUUUUUUUUUUGCUCUGACAAUGUUUAAGAUGGAGGACAGAAAGUUCAGGACCGGAUCAGGAACCGUUUAUAACGCCUUAAAUCUGCUGCACCAAGAGAAAACACCCUCAAACUAAAGAGCAACAAGUCAAAGACAGGAUGCAUAACGCUAAGAUCAACCCGGGAUAAAAACACAAGAUAGCCACGAGAAAGGCCACUUAUGCUAAUAUUAGCUGGCAAGCUAGCAUAAUCUGAUCACUUAAUUAUGUUAAUUAACCAUAGACACACUCAUUUUUACCAAACUGUUGUGUCUCAGUCAUUAACGUUUGUGAGCUUAUAUGUUACUUAAAAUAACAGUUUAUCUUGUUUUCUUCAGACCAUUAACAUUAGCUCACUUAGUUAGCUGUUAACUUAGCAUUUAUGAUCAACGUGCCAGUGGUUCAAAGCGUAAACCUACUUCACUAAAACCUUUGCAGGCUGAGGGUUGACGUCUUUCUGAUGGAUAUCGGUGUUCUCUCUGUGUUGUUGGUCCAAGUUGUGUUCAGCUUAGCUUAGCUUAGCUCAAAACCUGCUAGCGCAGCCCCAAGUGUGGGGCUGUAUAUGUUGACACUAGCUAAUGCUAGCGGGCAGCUAACUUUUUCGCUGCACACGUGCAGCAGGUGUUACAGCGUCAUGGCGACAGGGUCAUUGAUCGCGGAACGACUGACGUCAGACCGGAUGGAUGUAGUAGCCAGGACAUGGAGCCGGACUAGAACUCAACCCCCCCCUACAAAGGUCAAAGGUCACAUGCCAGGGGACGGAUUGCGCGGGGGCGGCAUUGGAACUUCAGCACUUAACGGAGAACGAGGAUCAAAGGCAGAACUUUCUAUAGAAUCACAUAUUAGGCAUAUAUAAACUACGAAGAGGUUUUGGUGAACUUUAAUGUCAGAAUGCUGGUAGCACAUGGAUCGGCUGUUACUGUUUUUCUACACGGCUGUGAAUCCGAUUCUCAGCGGAUGGAUCUCUUUUUUUUAUGCAAGUGUGGCGCCGGCGGCUCCGUCCUCGCUGCGGCGGGACUCUGUGUUCUCUUCAGGCGAAACCCAGGAAGUAUCAGGUAUACAGACUCUUUUAUUCCGCCGACGGGGACGUUUACCUUUUCUCUACGUAGCAGGAUGCUAACGGCUAAAACCUCAGAGCGAGCUACGCGCCGCAGAAACUAAAGCUGUAAAUAAAGGCCGACACAGACACACAAACCAGGGAUGGGGCAAUGUGGAAUAAAUCGGUUGUCACGACGGCGCGAGGGUAGAGCGGCAACACGAAGCACCGCUCUCCGAUUGGCUGCCAGCCGUUCAAAUUUGUUUUGUGACGUCCAGUUUGUUUAAAGCUCUUUGGGAAUAUUCAAAAUCAUGAAAAUACUUUCGCCAAGAAAUCGCAAAUACUAAAAAAAUAGUACUCGUGUAUUUUACACCUGUAACCAAAUCCAUCAUUGGAGUGUAUCACUGCGUAGAGAACAUGGAGGUCUCCACCAACAUUUUUAACAGUUUAACUUGUUUAACUUUAGCAGCCAAAAUAUACAAGUGGAGAUUUACCUAAUAAUAAGAUUCUAAAAUUAACUUCUGAGGGAUUUCAUCAUUUUAUCCUUCAAACUGGAUUCAUAGAAAGUGUUAUACUCCACUUGGCAAACACACAAUUUGAAACCAAGUUUAUUUCAGUGGGAUUAAACAACCUGACGGUCCGAAACAUUUUCUGAUGAAUCGCAAAGAACCAACCGAUGGAGAUUAAGCUGCGUCUUUGUCCUUCUGUCGUAUCGACAACUGAGGACAAACAAAAGAAGCAAACAUAUUGCUCAACUCUAAAAACCAACACCAUUAAAAGCGUCAAACUAUUGAACCCAAAUUCAUUCUCCUGAAUUUUCAAACGCACUUCAAGAUGGAUCGUGAUCUGUUUCUACUGGUCCAGAACGCCAAAUGUCCUCAGUGGUGUUGGUUCAUCAACCCGGUUCAUUUCAGUCGGGUCUGUCUAGUCUGGUUGAUUCAAAUCUAGUUCAGUUCAGUCUAGUCUGGAGGAAUCUAUAAAGGAGGAGAAGUAGGGCCCGAGUUCAGGUCCGAUGGACCUUCAUGGUUUUAUUAAAAAAAACAUAAGAAUAUAGAUAGAUAUUUACUGUGAAGUCAUUUCUUUUAUUCUGUUCAGUAAGAAUCAAACUUACACGUGGCACCUGCUCAGAAUCUAUAAAUUAGGAAUAAAGAGUUUAAAGGAUCCAACUUCUCCUCCUUGAUGGUUCUUCAGUUUCAGUCAAACUGUGAAAACAGCACAACCUCAUCAUCAUCAUCCUCAUCUUCGUUCUCCUCUUCAUCACCCUCUGGUCCUCAUGGUGUGUCUCGAGGCUCCUUUUUGCUUCACAACCAGGUUUCAUGGUUCUUCAGCUUCUGUUUGUUAUUUUAUUAUAUCCAAUAACAUGCCUAAUUAUGAAUCAAAUCAUUUAGACGUACUGUAUACUCACUUAAUGAGAUUACUCUUU